AUGCCGGGGCCGCCAGGACCGCUGCCGGUCGCUGGAGGCCGAGCUGGAGAUGCGUGGAGGGAGCGCGCGACAGAAGCCCGAGGCCGCAAGGUGGAGGAGGAGGAGAUGAAGGCCCGAGAGGACGCCAUCAGGGAUCGCGACGCCGAGCUGGAGCAGUUGGCGAAGGCACAUGCCACAGAACGCGGCCGGUUGGAGGAGCUGGGUCAGAAGCUGAAGGCGGAGAAGGCCGAGCUUGAAGCUAAGGCGAAGAGCCCCCUCCUCCAGCCGACAGUCGGCGCCGCGGGGCCGGAGCGCCAAUUCCUCCCCGAUCAAGCGGAGAGCGACGUUGAUGACCCCGACUUGGGGGCGGCGGCCUUGGAGGACGACGCCGAGGGGGGAGGCGGCGAAACAGGCGGCUCGAAGCUUCGGGCCAGCCUCGAGGACUGGCCUGACGACGACGCGGGGGAAGUCACCCCGUGCCACCAGCCAGGAGUCGGCCAGCCGGGCGCGAGCUCAUCUGCUGUGCCAGAUGCCCAAGGCGGCGCGAAGAAACGUCAAGCCGUGCCGAGCUUGUUCGGCAGUCGGCCGAAGAAACCCAAGGACUCGGCCGCGGCGACCAAGCGGGACGAAGCGGCCGCGAAGGCCAUCCGGUUCCGCAAGGAGGUGAAGAAGCCGCAACUGGUUUCCGCGGCUCCGCUGUCUCUUGAGAAAUCGUCCGCCGCCUCCAUCGUGGACUCGGCGGAGACCCCCACCACCACUCAGCGGAUUGACCCGGCUGCCGACCUCCGGGAGGCAUGGGAGCGGAACGCGCAGGAAGCGCGCGAGGAGCAAGAACCCGCCCGCCUGGAGAAGGCGGAAGUAGAGAAGGCGGAGGCCGCCGCCCUGAAGAAACCGGCGGAGGCCGAGGCAGCUGACACGGCGAAGAAGCAGGCCGAGGAGGCCGUGCACCCCCAGUCGGCGCUUCGUGCUGCCGCCUUCAACUCCAAGGUCCUGGAGUUGGAUCAACGUGCCGUCGACUUGUCGGAGAGCCGGAAGGCCAACGCCACCUUGCAACAGCAGCUGGGCGAAGCCAACACUGCACUGCGCGCUAAGGAGGAGGAGCGCAGCAAGCUGGCUGAAGAGCGCGACCGGCUUGUCGCGCAACUGGCGGAACAGGCGGACCUUCUGAAGAAGGUCCGAAAGGAGGCGGAGGACAAGGAGACCGGCCUCCUUGCUGAGUUCGUGACCGAACGCUCCACCUGGACCGACAAGGAGGCGAUGCUGACUUCCGGCUUUCACGAGAUCGAGGACAUAGUCGAUGACUUCUUCCCUGGUCACUCGGACGCCGCCAAUCAGGCCAUUGAAGCCGAUCGUGAGGGACGGGGGGCGGACGGCGCACAGAUUGCCGCCGACGCCCCCGAACCCUUAGCGAGCAGAUCCUGA